CUCAGUGAUGUCAAUUCUCUGAUAGAAAGUAAAUAUUUCGCAGUCUUCCUAAUCUGUGUCAUGUCGACCCUUGCGUAUUAUUUUUCGCUGCAUAAAACGUAUGCUAUGAUCUAUCCUAAACAAUUCCUUCAUGGCUGCUGAAAAGCCCCGCGUCUAGGAUAAUGCGCCGCACUGCCACAGAUUUGCCCCUUUUUAGCGCCCCUGAACUGAAGGAAUCGCUGUAGGAGCGUCAUUGUUUGACAGCGUGUCCAUCCGCAGUACUCCACACAGCGUAGCCAUGGCUUUAGGAAAAUGGAUGCCUAUUGAUUGAUCAGAGGUUGUGCUGGCUCUUCCCUUUGCCAAUGCGCCAAUCCAAUGAAUGGAAUAUAAAUAUCAGCCAAUGGCGAGGCAGGCUGGGCUCACUAUAUAAAGGCGAGGGGAGACAUUUCUCUCACACAUCUCUUCUGGUCCGGGGAAAGUUUUGGUCCUGAGGAGAGGUCAGGGGCUCUGGUUUGCAGUCGUCAAUUAAUCAGUCCUCAGUCUAGUGCAAUUAUGCCUUUCGGUAACUCUCACAACACCCUGAAGAUGAAGUACUCCGUGGAUGAGGAGUUCCCGGAUUUGUCUGCCCACAACAAUCAUAUGGCCAAGGUGCUGACGCCGGAGCUCUACGCAAAACUGAGGGACAAACAGACACCUAGUGGAUUUACCGUGGAUGAUGUCAUUCAAACUGGGGUUGACAACCCAGGUCAUCCCUUUAUUAUGACCGUGGGAUGUGUGGCUGGGGAUGAAGAAUCUUAUGAAGUCUUUAAGGAUCUCUUUGACCCAAUUAUUGAGGACAGACACGGCGGCUACAAGCCAACAGAUCAGCACAAGACUGACAUAAAUUCUGCAAACCUGAAGGGAGGUGAUGAUCUGGACCCAAACUAUGUACUCAGUUCUCGUGUCAGAACUGGAAGGAGCAUUCGUGGAUACAGCCUCCCACCUCACUGCAGCCGUGGAGAAAGGCGUGCAAUUGAAAAGAUGUCCAUUGAAGCACUUGCUAGCUUGGAUGGAGACCUAAAAGGAAAAUACUAUGCUCUGAAUAGCAUGACUGAACAGGAGCAGCAGCAGCUUAUUGAUGACCACUUCCUGUUUGAUAAGCCAGUUUCUCCACUCCUCUUGGCCUCUGGAAUGGCCCGUGACUGGCCUGAUGCAAGAGGAAUCUGGCACAAUGACAACAAAACCUUCCUUGUCUGGAUCAAUGAGGAAGACCAUCUUCGUGUGAUCUCCAUGCAAAAGGGUGGCAACAUGAAGGAAGUGUUCAAUAGGUUUUGCACUGGCCUGACCAAAAUUGAAAGCAUCUUCAAGAACAAAGGAUCUCCAUUCAUGUGGAACCAGCAUCUUGGCUAUGUUCUUACCUGUCCAUCCAACCUUGGUACCGGCCUCAGGGCUGGUGUUCACAUUAAACUGCCAAAUCUUAGCAAGAAUGAUAAGUUUGGUGAAAUUCUGAAGAGACUCAGACUGCAAAAGAGAGGAACAGGUGGAGUAGACACUGCAGCUGUUGGUGGAGUGUUUGAUGUCUCCAACGCCGAUCGUCUGGGUUUCUCUGAGGUUGAACUGGUUCAGAUGGUGGUUGAUGGUGUAAAACUCCUCGUUGAAAUGGAAAAAAGCCUGGAGAAGGGAGAGUCCAUCGAUGACCUCAUCCCAGCACAGAAAUAACUGCACUUUAUUGGCCAUGCUUUCUAAUUUAUUGGAUGAAAUAGCUACACUCCAAGCCCCGGGGACCCAACCUGCUUAGUAACACUGUAGAAAUGUCUUCCAUCUGUUCAUGUUUCCUAGAAAUUUAUUUUUCUUUUGACGGCUGCAAUGUUACUAAAGAUAGAAAAUAAACAAUGGUCUUGUGUUGACCUGUCAAAA